GCAAAUGUGACUGUACUCUGUCCCACCAAUCCAAGUCAGUCAACUCCAAGUUUAGCUUCUCACUGUUUCCAUGCUUCUCUCCAAAGACCCUGCAACUUCCUAAUGUUUGAUGGGUGAAAACUGAUAAACUCUGAACACUUGGUUGUUCAUUGAAAACGAAGAAGAUGAAGCAAGAGACAGUGACACUGGUUCUGGUGAAUCUAGCAAGCAUUAUGCAGAGAGCUGAUGAGUCACUGCUACCAGGAGUUUACAAAGAGGUUGGUGCUGCUCUCAACGCUGAUCCCUCUGCCUUAGGUUCACUCACUCUGUUUCGAUCUCUGGUUCAGUCUCUUUGUUAUCCACUUGCUGCAUACUUCGCCACCCGACACAACCGUGCACAUGUCAUUGCUCUUGGUGCUUUUCUCUGGGCAGCUGCAACAUUCCUCGUUGGCAUCUCCUCCACCUUCUUACAGGUGGCAAUUUCAAGAGGCUUAAAUGGGAUUGGACUUGCCAUUGUUAUUCCAGCAAUCCAGUCCUUGGUUGCUGACUCCACCAUUGAUAGCAAUCGCGGCACGGCUUUUGGGUGGCUGCAACUUACAGGAAACAUGGGAAGCAUCAUUGGGGGUCUCUUCUCUGUACUCAUAGCCUCAACAUCAUUUGCUGGUAUAGCUGGUUGGAGAAUAGCAUUUCAUCUGGUUGCAUUAAUCAGUAUUGUAGUUGGUAUUUUGGUACGCCUCUUUGCUAAUGAUCCAAAUUUCUCAAAAAGCAAUGAAAAAGCUGCACAACAAGCUCCAAACAAGUCCUUUUAUUCUGAAAUGAAAGGUCUAGUGAAAGAAGCAAAAUCAGUAAUUGGAAUUCCAACAUUUCAGAUCAUUGUGGCUCAGGGAGUGUUUGGAUCAUUCCCCUGGUCAGGCUUGUCAUUUGCCACUCUUUGGUUAGAGUUAAAAGGCUUUUCCCAUGUCACAACAGCAGUCCUUUGGACACUGUUUAUAGUUUCUGCUUCAUUUGGAGCUUUGUUUGGAGGAUGGAUGGGUGAUUUUUUAUCCCUAAGGUUACCAAACACUGGAAGAAUAAUGCUGUCACAAAUAAGUGCUGGUUCAGCCAUUCCUUUAGCUGCAAUUUUGUUGUUGGCAUUGCCUGAUGAUCCAUCCACAGCCUUCUUGCAUGGUCUGGCUUUCGUCAUCUUUGGAUUCUGUACAGCUUGGAAUGCUCCAGCAACUAACAAUCCAAUAUUUGCAGAAAUAGUCCCAGUGAAGUCCCGAACUGCAAUAUAUGCUUUGGAUCAAUCUUUCGAGUCUAUCUUGGGGUCCUUUGCUCCUCCUAUUGUGGGACUUUUGGCUCAGCAUGUGUAUGGUUUUAGACCAAUCCCAAAAGGAUCCUCAAAUUCUGUUGAGAUUGAAACAGAUAGGGAAAAUGCUGCAUCACUUGCCAAGGCACUUUAUAGUGCAUUUAUAAUCCCCAUGAUACUAUGUGUCUCCAUCUACUCAAUCCUUUACUGCACAUACCCAAGGGACAGGGAGAGAGCAAAAAUGGUUGCACUAGUGGAUUCAGAAAUGCAGCAGAUGGAGGUGGAAGAUGACACAAAAGAAGAAUAUUGUGAAAUUCCUGUUUUCCAGUCAAAUGGGCUGAAUGGUAAGGAAAGUAGCGAGAUUGACAUUGAUUAUCCAAGGGAGAAGAGCAUAGACUUAGAUGAUGAUGAUGAUGAGAAAGUUUUGCUGCCCCCGUAGUUCACUUUUUUCAGCAGUUCAUUUAUGGAAAAAAGUGGAGGUUUAUCAACUUGCUCAUUUGAUCAAGUUUUAGAAGGCUUGGAAAUUGUUAUAGCUUUUUUCUUCCGGUAACACAAUUACACCAGUAAGAGUAGAGUUCAUCUGUUACACGACUAGGGAAAAAUCAUUCAUUCUUUAAAUGUGAACAGAUUUUCAUAUUCAAUCAUCCUUGAUGUCUCAAAAUAUGUUCCACGACUGAGAUUUAUUUUUAUUUGGUUUGUGGAAGAGAAACAAAAGGAGGGGGAGUGAGGGGGAAAGUGUACUAAAGGAGUUUAUACUUUGUAAUGAUUUGCAUUUGUUUAUGGGAUAAGAGAACAGAACUGCAACAAAUGGAGUUAAGAGUGAAGUUUGUGCUUCCAA